GACUCUUUACCAGGCUGCACGGGGCGGAGGAGCUUGCCGGAGCCGGUGGUUUCUCUGGCGGAGAUGGAGCCGGAGCAGGUAGAGUCGCCCAUCGCCAUCAACACGACUUACAUCUACGCCCCCCACUACAUCGAUAGCUGCGACUCCCUUUCCAAGAUCACGCAGCGGGCUAGUAUGGUCCACUCACUGAUUGCCUCCUAUGGAUUGUUGAAAUACAUGAGGGUUGUUAAACCGCGAAUAGCUUCAAUGGAAGAAAUGGCAAUGUUCCACACUGAUGCUUACUUGGAACAUUUACAGAAAAUCAGUGAAGAUGGUGAUGAUGAUGACCCUGAAUCUGUAGAGUAUGGUCUAGGUUAUGACUGCCCUGCAACAGAGGGAGUGUUUGAUUAUGCCGCAGCUGUAGCUGGAGCCACUCUUACAGCAGCCCAGUGUUUGAUGGACAAGAAGUAUCAGGUUGCAAUAAACUGGCCUGGGGGGUGGCAUCAUGCAAAAAAAGAUGAAGCAUCUGGGUUUUGUUAUCUGAAUGAUGCUGUGCUUGGCAUUCUAAAGCUGAGAAAAAAGUUUGAUCGCGUUUUAUACAUAGACAUGGACCUACAUCACGGAGAUGGUGUAGAAGAUGCAUUCAGUUUUACAUCAAAAGUAAUGACUGUAUCUUUUCACAAGUAUUCCCCUGGAUUUUUCCCAGGGACGGGAGAUGUGACGGAUAUUGGAAUGGGGAAGGGAAGAAAUUACACUGUGAAUGUCCCGUUGCAAGAUGGCAUUCAAGAUAACCGAUAUUAUCAUGUAUGUGAAAGUGUGUUGAAAGAGGUUUAUUCUUCAUUUAACCCUGAAGCAGUAGUGUGUCAGCUAGGAGCAGACACCAUUGCUGGAGACCCCAUGUGCUCAUUUAAUCUGACACCAGUAGGAGUGGGAAAGUGCCUGCGUUACAUACUGAACUGGGAGUUGCCAACUCUGAUCUUGGGAGGAGGGGGCUAUAACCAUGCUAACACAGCACGGUGCUGGACAUACCUAACUGCCAUUAUCCUGGGAAAAACUAUCUCUUCAGAGAUUCCUGAUCAUGAGUAUUUUACAGAAUAUGGGCCUGAUUACGUACUAGAAAUCACACAAAGCUGCAGAACUGAUGAGAAUGAUCCCCAGCGGAUUGAACAAUUGCUUAAUACGAUCAGAGGAAAUCUGAAGAAUGUAAUUUAAUAUGUGAUGGGGAAUGAGCGGAAGGCUGAAGAAGCCUUUUAACUGAGAGCAGUCUGUGCCUGUUGUAGCUGCAGGGGAGACUUCGGUCAAAAUUACUUGCAAGUUCCAGGACAACAGAUGUUCAUUGAAACUUGAAACUUCAGUUAACACUUUCUUGGUCAAUUGAGGAGGAAAGAUCAUUCACUAUUCCAAGAUUGCAGUAUCUUGUAUUGGGGCUUAGUUUGUUAACCUCGUUGUAAAUAUUUUUACUUAAUUCUUAAUUGUUUUUUUUAAUUGUGACCUUUCGUAGAGUUGCAGUUCAAUUUCCGCUUGGCCAAAGAUCUUGCCAAUUACUUAUGCAGGAAUUAAAAUAAUAUUUGGGGUUCAUUGGAAAAGCUUUUACUUAAUUAAUUUCUUCCACUGCAGAGAAAUGGCUAAAACAAAACAAAAAAUCAAGAUCUCGGAUAUCAGUAUAACAUUGUAAUGCCUGUACUCCAGUGUAAUGUUCUUUAUGGGAAACAUGGAUUUAUGCGUUCUAGCUUUCUACUCAUCACGUAACAAUUUCCUUCGAUAAAUUGAGGCCUAGGGUCUCAAACAAAGUUGGUAGAAAAAUAUUCAAGGCUGAAUCUGCCGCUCAAGAGGUCUGGCUGGUGAGAAAAUGCAGAUUUUGUAGGAAUGGACCACAGCACCUGGAGAAGGUGCAGGCUACAUAGAGCCAGAAUUGUGGAAAAAAAUUUCAAGCAAAGACUUAACAUUGGUCCUUUCUCUGGACAUUACUCCUAUAAGUUUAUUCUCUUUUCUUGUAACUUAAUAGCAGUCAUGGUCACUCACUACUGCCAGGCAAAUAUUACAGAGCCCAACAGUAAAGAACCAAAGUUACCUAAAGAGAAACCAUAUUAACCACUAAGUGCUGGCUGUUUGCUGGUAUUGACUCUAAUAAUAUAGGAGACCUGUCCUCCAUGGUCAGCACAGUUAAAAGAACACAUUUAGUCAUUAUUGCCCUGUGGAGAUAAACACCUUCAUACAUCAGCCGUGGUGAGUCCACCAAUCUCAUCAUCAUUUCGCCAAUUAUUUCUAAGUAUGUCAUCAAUUCACGAUUUGAACAUUUUCUGAAAAAAGAUUGUUUACAGUUCUUUUGCAAUUCUGCUGAAUUAUAGAUACACUCCGCUUAUAGUCGUAAAAAUAUGUUAUAGAAAUUGAGUCGUCGCAGAAAAUACGAACACUUGCUUAAAAAGUGUCCCGUCAGUUAAAGAUGUUUCUGUGGUUGUCACAUUGAAUUAGUUUUGGAAUGCAUUGUCCAGUGAUUUUGGCAAGCAUGACCAUUAUCUACAUGCAGGUAUUAGACGAUCAGUUUUUUUGUAGUAUUGCUUGUGCGAGGAAUGUGGAUUAGGAUGCAAUUAAGGUAAAUCUCGGGCAGAAUUAAAACCAAAAGACAAAGGCACACAAAAAAAACAACAUUAUUUGGAAAGUAAGAUGACUGUAGAGAGCAGAUAUGGCAAUAAAUUUAAUGAAAGGAAGGAAAAAAAACAACAAGAAGCAUAGUUCUAGUUUUACUUGCACCAUCAUUUUGCCAGUGUUGUGAAUGGAUUACAUUUUGUACGAGAUUCAGUCGAACUGAUGGAGUCAAUGUUUGCACUCCAAUUCCUGAAAAUCCAUCAUGUCACUCUCCCUAAGAAACAUUCCUGUGGAAAUUCUUAUAUAUUGCAAUGAGGAAAAAAUGCUGUGUGAGUAUUGUCAUAGGUUCUGCACACAUGUUAAUGAAACAGUUCAUUUUUAAGAAUCCAUUCAAUUACUAGCUUGUUUAUAUCAUCAGCCUAUUUUUUUUAACUUUUAUUUAAACCAGAUCCUAUUUAAAUGUUUUAAACAUAGAGUUUUAACUAUACCUCAAUCGUUUGAGUUUUCAAUUUAUCGAUGUUUAAGGGUUGAAAUCAAAUGGUAUUUUUUACAUUGUUCCAAUUGCUGUUUCUCAGAUUUAUUGUAACCAGAAAAUGUACAAUAAAUAGUUAUUAAUAAAA